AUUGUGCCCCCACCGUGUUUUCUCUGCUUCUCUAGCACACGCACAAGUCACAGGCGACUGGGGCGCAGCGGCAGCCGGCGGACAUCGCCAGAAGCAGGCGGCCGGCGGAGCGGGUGCUUCGCGCGGAUGGCCCCACAGCGGCGUGCCCCCGGCGAUCCCCCACCAGUGUACUGACCGAUGGAAGAGCGAUUCUCUGUAGAGAUUAAUCACGCUGGUCUGUUUUGCGGUUCUGGAAUGAACAAGGCAUAUUUCGAUGGCCGGGUUGAUCACUUUGAUGGUUGUGAGGUAGAAACCUGGUCUCCAUUGUGGAUAUAUCAUUUUGUGGGGCAGCUUGGGCAUGAUCCAGCUAGGGUGGAGUUGUACUGGUUACUUCCUGGAAAACAUUUGCAUGAUGGGCUUCACAUAAUUCAGAGUGAUGCUGAUACUCUGAUGAUGAGUGCCGUUGUUCCCAAAUUUCAGUAUUUCCAACUGUAUGUGGACCAAAAAUAUUUAUCGGAUGAUAUCUAUGUAAUUGUCUCUCCAACAUUGCCGGUGGUUCUUAGCCCUCGAACAGAGAUAAACGUGCCAAUAUUUUGUGAUGCUGCUGCCAACCCAAAUAGUAGGCGAAGGUGCAAGGUCAAAGCAGUCAAGGGCAAUUUGCAAAACUGUUUCUCACCCAAUACAAAAGGCAGUGGAGAUAAAGAUAAGGAUGACUCGGAUGACAGUGAUAGCAAUUAUGGCGACAAUUUGGUUGACUCGGACAAUGAAUUCGACAAGGAUGAUGAUGAUCUCUUCGCAGAGUGGGUUGAUGAAAAUUAUGAGGAUGUGAAAGGAAAGAAGAAGGCGAAUUUUUUUGAUAGUGAUUAUGACACGGAUGAGCUUGAUCUGCCAGCCUCAGACUCUGAUUAUGAGCCAGAGGUAGUUGAUGAAGAAUCAAAAGAAGAAGAUGCAGAAGAUAACAAUAAGAAGAAAAAGAAGAAAAAGAAGAGGGUCAAACUGAGAGCUUUCAGACCAGAAGAAAUGCAAGCUCCAAACUUCACUUUAGGGAUGUCAUUUUCUUCAGUAGUUGAGCUGAGGAGGGCAAUUCAAAAUUAUAUCAUACAAGAGAGAGUUGAAAUAAAAUAUGCAAAGAAUGAUUUGCAAAGAGUGAGGGCUCACUGUGUAGGAGGAUGCCCUUGGUAUUUGUUUGCAGCACCUGAUAGCAGGACUAAAAAUUUUGUCGUUAAAACUUAUGUGGGCACUCACACAUGCAGUAAAGAGUGGGACAUCAAACAAUUCACUGCUAAUUUCUUAGCUGCAUAUUACAUUGAAACUUUUAGGGCAGAUGACAAGAUGACACUAUCAAAUUUUGGAAGAUUGGUGCGGAAAGAUUAUGCCUUGUAGAGAUGAAAGAACAUGGCAAAAGGUCAACGGAAUUGAAAUGAAACCACCUCAGUAUGAAAAACAUGUUGGUAGGCCAUCUAAGAAGAGAAGACAAAAUCCUGUUGAGAUGGAAGAAGGAGCAAAGAUGAGCAGACAUGGCACUAUAUCCCAUUGCAGUGUGUGCAAUUCAACAGAGCACAACAAAAGGAAGUGCCCAAAUAAAGGUCAACAAGGGCAAUCACUCAGUGUUGAUAAGAGACCACAAACACAAGGAGGAUAAAAGAGGAAGCUACAAGUGAAGAGAAACAUUCUUACACAGGAAUCUGGUACAACAAGUGUUGGACAUAGGAAGCAACGCACUCAAACUACCGUGCUUGAAACACUCCUUCUUCAAGCUCAAGCAUCGCAGCAAUCUGUGUCACCAGGCCCUAUUCCAGAAUCUGCCUUCAUUGCUCGCAACAGAGAUGCUUUGCAGCUCACUACAGCUACCACAUCCACUGUUGGCUUAAAGAAGAAGCAAAAGAAGAGGGUUACAAAGGCCAGUAUCACUGAAUAUAAGUGAACAUGUUCUCACUUUGGACAGAGAGCUUUUUGGACAGACAACAACUCUAUUUUGGCUAGUAUUUAGAUGAUGCCAGCUAGGUGUUGAAGUAAACCUCAUGCAUGUGUUGCUGUGGGUUUAUCUGCACCUUCAUAUGUGCAUUUUGAGGUUCUCAUGUAAUAGAAACCUAAAUUACUAGCUUUUAUUUCGAGCGCCAGGUAAUUCACUAUUAGUUAUAUGUACCCAAUGCACUUCGUAUUACUGUUGUGAAUGUGGCCAAUGCUAUCAGUUGUGUCAAUGUUUCAGAUGA